AUUUCUCCAUCAGUCCGAGGAGUUCCAGCUUCCUGAAGGGAGGAAGAGGAGGAGGAGGAAGAGUUGAAGGCUGGAAGAACCUGCAGAAAGCAAAGAAAUAUAAACACAUAUGUAAAAAUAUAAAAUAAAAUAUAUAAAAAUAUAUGACACACCAGUGACGUGCUGUCAGGGGAGAGAGCCUCACCUGUCAUCAUGGAAGAAUAAUAUAAGAUAAUUCAUAUUAAUACUUUCAUCCUUUGGUUUGUACUAUGAAGUAUUUAUUUUUUAUUUAGGUUUACCAAUUUUGAUUUUUUUUCUUCAAAAUCACUGAAUUUUCGCAUUUUCCCAUUUAAAUGCUCAGAAGCGAAGCAGGUGAAGUAGCAGCAGUUGAGCCUCAUCUGGAUUGAUCAGCCUCUGGCUAACUGCACUGGCUGCUAUUCAAUGUUCCUCCUGUCUGAACGUCACCAAUAAAAUGGUUAGAAACAUUUAAUAUAUGAACUGAUUUUCCAUCAUUUAGCUUAUGUACAUAAUGUUCAGUGUUUGUUGUCACCAGCUGUGUGUGUAACGUGUUUCUGUGCUGAGCAGCGAUCAGAAACCAGAGAACAGAUUCGAGGUGAGGCAGGCAGUUCUCUGGCCUCAUGGCAGGGGGCGCUCAUGACCCAGACAUUGUGACUCCACAACUGCAGAGUAAGAGACAGAAACAGCGAGCUAGCCGUGGAGCUAGCUAUACAGUAAAUAAGUGAAGCUACACGCCACGAGUCUACGUGUAGCCUGGCCGAUACAGAGCGAGAAAAAGGUGGUUUGAGUUGUACUUCCCCUUUGCUGUGCAGCAUAGCACUAAAAUAAUAAUAUCUAUAUUUCCAAGUUUCAUUGAGUUAACGGAAUGAUUGUACCUGGCAGCGCGGCUAUGGAUGGCGUGUGAAAGCUCAGUCUUUUUGCCUUCAAUGUCCGCAUGUAAACAAUAAAAUGCAGGAAGUUUUAUGAUUUUGAUUCAAUCAGAGCCUCACCGCACGUCACUGUGAGACACAUAUGGAAUACUUUUAAGAAUGUAUUUUAUAUGUAAAAAUUGUAAAUAUUUAUAUGUCUAUACAUACGUAUUAUACAUAACAUUUUCUAUCCUAUUUGUACAGCUGUUUGAACAGUUUGUCCUACGGCUCUUGAACGCACCAUCUCAAACUCGUCGCUAUGGCAACUCCUAACAAGCGGCAUCGUCAGCUUAGCGGUUUUUUGUCUUCGUUUAGGUUUAUUAGAAAUAACUUGGAUAAAGCUGGAGCCCGUGGUAGUGCAGCAGCCUCCCGGAGGAAGAGGAGGCCCGGAGGAGGACGAAGGAGCAGAGUGGAGCGAAAAGUCUCAGGUUCCAUUGAAGGUGCUGCAUGCUCACGGCGAUGACGUCACCGCAGCCCGGUUCUGCUGCGGCGACCGCGGCGUCCUGAGCUGCUCGUUGGACGGCAGCGCCAUCCUCUGGGAUGUGGAGAGCGGCCGGCCUCUGAGGCUGUUUGCUGGAGUUCACAGCAGAAACAUCACUGAGUGUGCUCUGAUCCCCACCAGCAACAGGAUGGUGACGGUGUCCUGGGACAGGAAGAUGGUGGCCUGGGACCUGGAGACGGGACGUGUCCUGUGGGAGACGGAGAUGGACGGCCUGCUGACGUCUUGCAGCUGCUCGUCUGACGGCCGGCUGCUGGUCUGCGCCGCCGAGCCUCAGGACGCCGUCUACGUCUGCGGCGCCUCCGGUGGCCAGAUGUUGCAUCGCAUCAGCAACCACCACCGCUGCACCAUCACACGGGUCCGCUUCGACCCUCCGGACCAGCGGGUGGCAUCGGUGUCCGCAGACCGGACCAUCAAGCUGUGGGACCUGCAGGCCAAGAGGACGACCAUGUCUAUCAACAGUAACCAUAGCAACGUGGUUUCCAGCUGCUGCUUCAACGGCAACGGGCACUUCCUGUGCACGGCAUCAUGGGAUAAGACGCUGAAGCUGUGGGACCUGCAGGGGGGGCAGUUCCGGUCCCGGGGCGGCACGGCGUUGCAGCGCGGCCAUGAGGGCAGCGUGAGCUGCUGCGUCCUGUCUGCUGACGGUGACCUGCUGGUGUCCGGCUCCUAUGACCGGACCGUGGCGCUGUGGGAUCCGUCCUCGCUCUGCCGGACUCUGGUUCUGAGGGGCCACUCUGAUUGGGUGACGGACGUGUCUCUCAGCGCUGACAGGAAGCUGGUUGUCUCUUCUUCCAAGGACGGCAGCGUCCGGCUGUGGGACGUGCAGAACAUGGAGCAGAUCCCCGAGGUGAUGCAGAUCAAAAGCGGAGAGGGAACCGGGGUCCAGAUCCUGAAGUGUGAAGAGUGUGGAAGGCCUUUCCCGGUGUCCAGACUGCUGACCUCUGACCUGCUGACGCGCUGCGUCUUCUGCCGCCUCAAAGCUCCGCCCACGUUCCGCCUCCCGCCGUCGCUGUCUCCCUGCCCGUCUCCUCUGAUUGGUGGAGAGCGCAGUGACGCCUGAUGAGCUCAGGAACAGGGAGCAGAGUGAGCAUCCCAUGUUUGCUGCGUACAAGAUCUUCGGAUGGGUCUGGGGAGGUCACAUGAUGCGUUACCAUGGUUGCGACGCUUCCAGAACCAUGACCCAAUCAAUCCUUUCUCUCUGAACUUUGACCUUUUCAGGUUAAAAUUUUACAUUUUUUCUAAUUUACAUCAUUUUUGUUUAGUUUGUUUCAUUUUAGGUCUGGAAGUGAGAAAACAAAAUUAAUAAAAUCCUUCAAUAAUAUAACUACAGGUUAAUUACCAUGACCAGGGGGCGGGGCUUCCUCUGCACCAGUCCUUGUGAUUGGUCUGAAGGAAACACGCUGUGGUGCCUGGCCAAUCAGACGCCAGCGUCUCAUGAGCGGCAUCAAAGGAAACAGCAAAUGAUGACGUUCUGGUCAUCAGAGUCCGAGUUUAAUUCAUUGCAGCGGCUUUCGCUUUGUUCAAUAAGAUUAUUAAUUUGUAGAUUAUUAAUCUGCAGACUGACUGUGCUGCUUGGUUGAACUUCGUCUCUUCUGUUUUCUCUCAUUUCCAUUUGGGUCAAUAAAUCUACCAUCACCAGGAAACAUUGAA